GCUCAAUGUGUUUGUUACAUUGCAACGCACUGAUGGUUUGCGCCCGUCGUUCGGAUAGAAGCAUAUAUCCACAGCGCGCCUCUCCAGCGUCAUCACCACAGACAGAGGCCAGUGCUGACAAAGCAGCGCCUCGCUGCCCUGCCCCGCCGCUGCAUGGACAGCCAGCACAAUGGCAGAGGAUUUGGGGGGUGCCUCUGUUUUAGCAACAACAGGUCGCAUGGAUAAUCCCGCCACAGCCGUGUUUACCCCUCUCGUAGUUACGACGAUUAGAGCGCCGCUGUCGGCUCGCAGGGCUUGAUGAGGCAGGAGAGAGAGCCGAGCGGGGCUUCUCGUCCUUACAAUACCGAUUGAGAGGGAAACGCAAAGCAGCGUGGAACAGGUGGACUGUGGCUUGGGGUCCUUCAAGAUGGAUAUAGAUCCCUGCUUCCGCUAUUAUUUUCAGCACCCAUGGUCCCGUCUGUUCGUGGCCUACCUUGUCACCUUCUGCAACUUCCUCAUCUUCGCCGAGGACCCUGUCUCCCACAGCCAGACGGAGGCUCACAUGAUUGUGGUGGGAAACUGCUUCUCCUUCAUAGUGAACAAGUACCCUGGCGGAGGAUGGAGCGUCCUCAAAGUCAUGUCGUGGCUGAUGGCCAUUGUCACUGGAAUGUUUGCCGGGAAGUUCAUAUUCCACCGCAGGCUCUUUGGUCGUUAUCUGCGUCUGAAAAUGUUCCGUGAGGAUCACGGCUCCUGGAUGACCAUGUUCUUCAGCACCAUCCUCUUCCUCUUCAUCUUCUCACACAUCUACAACCUGAUCCUCCUGAUGGCAGGAAGCAUGGGGCCUCACAUGGUGACAGAGUACAUGGGUAUCAGGAACGAGAGCUUCAUGAAGAUUGCAGCAGUGGGGACGUGGAUGGGGGACUUUGUGACUGCGUGGAUGGUCACUGACAUGAUGCUCCAGGACCAGCACUACCCAGACUGGGGCAAAGCUGCCAGAAGGUUCUGGAAACAAGGCAACCACAGGAUAAUCCUCUUCUGGACGGUCCUGAUCACUCUGACGUCGGUGGUGUUGCUGGUCAUCAGUACUGACUGGAUCAGCUGGGACAACCUGAACCGUGGCUUUCUGCCUAGCGACGAGGUCUCCAGGGCCUUCCUGGCUUCCUUCAUCCUGGUCUUUGACCUGCUCAUUGUCAUGCAGGACUGGGAGUUCCCUCAGUUCAUGGGCGACCUUGAUAUGAACCUGCCUGGCAUGUCCACCACACAGCUCAAGUUCAAACUUCCUGUCUGCAAGAGCAUCUUCAAAGAGGAGUACCACAUCCAUAUCACAGGUAAGUGGUUCAACUACGGCAUCAUCUUCCUGGUGUUGAUCCUGGACUUGAACAUGUGGAAGAACCAGAUCUUCUACAAGCCCUACGAGUACGGCCAGUACGUUGGUCCAGGGGAGAAGAUCUUCACCGUGGAGGAGCCCCAUACGCUGGGCGACUUCAACCGCAGCACGCUCACCUACAAGUGGCGCUCCAGCAACGUAGAUCCGCUGACCAACCGCUCGUAUGUCCAUCGGGACAUGUUCCUGCACAGCCGCUACGUGGGCGCCAGCCUGGACAUCAAGUGCCUGGCCUUCAUCCCCAGCCUGGCUGCCUUUGUUCUCUUUGGCUUCUUCAUCUGGCUGCUGGGACGUUUCCAGGACAGCGAGACCUUCCCGGAGAGCCAGGUGGACAAGACGUACGAGAGGAUUAAGAGGAAGUCUCCGUCGGAGUAUAGUAAGGACAUGGGCGUCACGCCAGAGGAGGUGCACAUCUCUAUGAGCGAGACGCUCAAACGUUCCGGAACCCCCAUGCUGCUGUCAGUGGACGGGCACUUGGCUCCGCACACCGCCACCUCCACCAACUCCAUCUCGCCUGUUUCCACGGAGACCCAGGAGACGCACCCCAGCAUAGUCAUUGACAGCGCGGAGACGGGAGAACCAGCGGUUUCCUUUGAAGUCAGUAAACUGUCACCGCCCUGACCUUACUGCCCUUAGGGGAAAUACUGCUACUGUCUGCUGCUGACAGACACAUAGCCUGAAGGGACGACAUGAGACCAGAGAAUAGAGACUAAGACCAAACUGAAAGACAAUUUCAGUCCAGAUCUUUUCAGUCUGGGUGGAUAUUGAACACAACACUAAUUGAGUGUUCCUACAGCAGAGGAUGUAGCUAAACUGGCCUCUUGGGUUCUUCUGGACUAUUGGUUUUGCGACCAGUCUUUUUGUAAGAUCGUGUUUUUAGGAUCUCUAAGGUGACACCAACACAAUGACAAACGCUCACUGCAAAGUCAUAUUGUCAACAUGGUGCUAUCGCUUGAUUUGACUUUUUUCUAAUAGCAAGGUGUAUUUUCUUAUCGUGACACAUUUUGGUGCCUAUGUGGGAGAACUACUUCUACAGUUGAUCGUGACCUCGGGACUAUAAGGCUCUAUCGGCGCAAAGAAUAGUUCUGAGAUAUCGAGCAUCAAAGUUUUCACAUUCCAGAUCUCAGAACUGUUUUGUAGUGAAUUCUUCAUUCAUAACCUAUUAAGGUCCUCACCUUAAAGGUACCUAAAUUGCAGAGUAUCAAAAUCCUAAGACAUUUGUAAAUCUUUUUUUUUUUUAGGGGGGUGCAAACGCAGAUAGAACCUUAUGGUUCUGAGAUGUCAAUCUGGCUUCAGCCAUAAGAUUCUAUCUGCCACAGAAUGUUGCAAUUAUUUCAAUUUCAAAAGAAAAGUACAAUCAUGUAAGGAUUAAAUAAAGAGAAUACCCUUCCUUCUUUCUAAUCACAUCAUCAAAUAUAUGAGUUAAUGUUCAUCACACAUUUGAUAAACUGAUAGUUCACUAAAAUGACAAAUACAAUAUAUCCUAAUAGCAUCAUUGCUCUGGAUGAGUAAACGGACAUAUUUUUCUGGUCUCUGACACCCAAAGUCAGUAAACUACUUCCUAGUUAUCAAUCAAAUGUUUUACUGUACGUUAGUAAUUUUGGUGAAAUACUCCUUCCAUGGAGGUUUUUCGUAUUGAUAUAGAACAAGAUAUAAACAGCAAUGCCUCUCCAAUGGGCCUUUUUACCAUAAAGGGCUUAAGUGAUGGCCAUUCUUCUGUAAAAGUGAUGGAAAAAAUCAAAGUCAUUGCAAAAGAGGACCAGAACCUAUGAUAUCAAUAAUCGAGGACUUUGGGCUAUAAGGUUCUAUCUGCAAAAUGUAUGGUUUUGAGAUAAUAAGUAUUUUUCAAGUCCCAGAUUUGGGACAGAUUUCACAAACUGUUUUGUGAUGUCUUCCUCUUUCAUGACUCAAAAAGUAUAUCACCUUACAAACAAUAGUUUUUGAUUGACAACCCAGUCUUGUGUGAUUGGAUUGCAGAUAGUACCUUACAGCACCAAGUUCAAAGGUGUUUGCGCAGAUAAAACAGAUAAAACCUUCAGAUAUUCUUUCCAUGGUAAAUGGACUUUUUCACAUCUGACAUAUUUUACAUGUGAAGGACCUCCUAAAGAGCAACUCUUAUGUGAAUAAUUAGUUUUUUUUUACCAACAGUUCAGAUAAAACCUUAUAGUCCCAAGGUCUCGCGAUGCAUGACACCCAAUUGUCAUGGCUAGUUUAUUGUAACACUGCAGUUUUACAGCUGAAGAGGUGCCUUGAUAACCCACAUCCACUAAAGGACCCACAUCCAAAAUACAGUAUUAUAGCUUACAGUCUAUAGCUGCAGCAAAACAAAAGAUGUCUGAUAGUAUGUGUCUGUCUUGUUCAUUUUCAGUGUUUCACUUGACUACGUUUACCCUUUCAGACUUCAUGACUGAUUUAUCAAUUAAUUUGUUAUCCUUGAUAAUUCUCACAUAUCCCAUCUCCAUGCGUUUAUUUUCUUGUAGUCAUAGAAAUGACUGGAUUUCUAAACCUCUGAUGAUGAUGAUGAUGAUGAUGAUGAUGAUGAUAAUAUCAUGAUGAGCUAUUUAUUUUCUGGAUGUAAGAUAGCUCCUAGGCAUCAUCUAUUUUCAAAUAACAAACAAAAGUCACCUCAUGGUCGCUUAUCUAUCUGGUCAUUAUACUCAAACAAAUGCAAAUGAAUGAAAGGUCAUUUGCCCUUGGCCUGGUAAAUGUGCUUUUGUUAUACAAGGGGAGAGAAGUUCACCAAAUCUAACUGCUGCACCCAUAUCAUAUACCCCAGCAGAAUACUGUAUGUACCACAAUUACGACCCUGGUUCAAAGCCAGUAUUGGGGUCAUGGUUUGGUUUGAGAAGGACACAUAGAGAAUGUGACCUAUUUACUUACAGCUGACAAGCAAAAGAUAGUGGGAGAUUUUCUGAGUUGUGAAAGUUGUUAUAUCACAUACGUUAGGUGUGUGACUACUGUAUACCAACGCUCUGUUAUUGAAGUGUUUUCUAACAAUGCCUUUGUGUGUGUGAGUGUGUGUGUGUGUGUGUGUGUGUGUGUGUGUGUGUGUGUGUGUGUGUGUGUGUGUGUGUGUGUGUGUGUGUGUGUGUGUGUGUGUGUGUGUGUGUGUGUGUGUGUGUGUCAGAGAGAGUGAGGAUGGCCAAUUCUGUGAAGAGGUCAAUGUAGUCAACAUAAGUGGUGGUCCUUGGUUCAGUGAUCCCCCUCUACACUUUACAGAUCAAAGACCUCAUUACAGCUCAACUUAUUUCAUUUUAGAGAUAUGGCUGUGCAACAGGCAACAAAUUGCUAAAUGUAUGGGGCAAUGGCUAAAUGAGUGUGUUUAUCUCACUUUAAGUAAUCUAGUGAUAUAUUUGUAAUGUAUUGUGCUUCGGGUGAAACUGAAUGUUCCCCCUGCUGUUAUACAUGGUAUCGUAUUGCCUAACUGACAGAUAGUUUGCAUCCUUGUGUGUGUGUGUGUGUUUUUUAAUAAACAAAGGAUAUCUCUUUUUAACAUGUUGGCUACAAUAAAUGUCCGUUGAAUAAU